CUUCAUUAUAUGACUACCGAGCACUCCUACCUGUAGUUAGGGUACCAUAUUAUACAUGCUUAUAUGGCAUUUGACAGUAUGCAGGUCAAUUACACACAUACGACGUCUCUGUUAGAAUAUCUGCGAUCAGGAUCGCAAUGUUAAACACAUUUUUCACGUAAAAACUCAAGAUGGAUCUGGCAUAUCGGAUAUUUUACUGGGUUGAAUGGUUGGAUGGUUGCUGUGCCAAUGCACUUGAACGUUGACAGUUUUCAAGUUUUAGGAUAUGAUUCACAGCAGAUCGUCAGGUGCCUUAUCACGCUGGAAUAAAAUAUAACGCUUCUUACGGCUAUACAAUUUAAGCGGAACUUUUUCAGCAUCGGAAAUCACGAUUCAUGAAAAAUUUAAGGUGGAAUUGAGACUUAUGGGAUAUGUAACCUUGGGUGACUCAACACCGUACGACAACAUAUAUAACACAGUGGAUUGAGAAUGUUGAAGCGUAGGUUUUAGGUUGGCGCCCGUUUUCGUACAGGUUAUCUCAUGACAUUCCAGGAAACGAAUCAAUGAUUGGGCCAAGUCGAUGGUAACACAGAUCUAACAUUACUGUGAGCGUGGACAGUAUGACGAAACGAGCAUAAACCAUUGAAAGCACAAAAUGCGUAAACUUUUUUCAGGAUGGCGAAACUAAAGAGCUUUAAUGUAACUUUUACAAAUACCAAUGGAGUAUGUUUUGCCGGGAGAGAGCUUGGUGGAGCUAUUGUCCUGGACGUGGCAAGCAAAUAUAAGAUGAAAGAACUCCGUUUACGUUUCCGAGGCUACGCAUUGGUCCAUUGGACAGAACGCCACUCAAAUGGUCAAGGCAAGAGUAAGCGUACAGUGACCAAACAUUACUCUGGCGAGGAACUAUACUUUGACCAUACGGUCGUACUAUUUGCGUCCAGUGGUAAUCAGUACGAGACAAUCGCAGAAGGACAGCACAAAUUUCCGUUUGAGUUCCAGGUGCCUUCCUCGUGUCCAACGUCGUAUGAGGGCACGUGUGGACGCGUCAGGUACGAAGCUGUGGCUACAAUCGAAAGGAUGUUUGGUGUCGGUCAUUCUACAAUCAGUGGUUUCACCGUGAUAAGUCAUAUUGAUUUAAAUGAAGAUCCCCGUGUACGGGAGAGCACUACUGCGGAGAAUGAAAUGUCCCUGUGUUGUUUGUGCUGUAAGUCUGGACCUAUCGCUGCCUCUCUCUUUCUGGACAGUGUUGGCUUUGUUCCGGGGCAGGGGAUUCCUAUCCGAGCGGAAGUAUCCAAUGGUAGCAGAAGAAAGAUUGCGCAUAUGACAGCAUCACUUCAGAUGAUAGUCAAGUAUAACGCCGUAAAGAAGGUCCGAACUCACUGCAACAUCAUCGCCUCUAUCACAAAAAACGACUUCGCCUCGGCUGGUUCCAAAUUGGUCACAUGGUCGGGCGACAAGCUCGUGGUACCCGUUGUCCCUCCCUCUUUUGUGUCCGGCUGCCACAUCAUCGAUAUUAGUUAUGUUUUAGAGCUGAUAGUCAACCCUGCUGGACCUUCCUUUAACCUACCGGUUAAAAUGGAGGUUAUAGUUGGAACUAAACCUCUUAGGAUAUCUAACAUACCGCACUCCCAAAUACCGGACCCUAUUGGGAUCGAAGAAGAAAAAUAUUUGGAGAAAAACAGGGCACCUCCCUCCCAGAAGCGCAGAAGUCUUGAUCAUCCCAAUGCCGGAAAGUCCAUGGAUGAGUUAUGCACGAAAGACAAUGAGCCGGCCUCGACUUUCGAGGAGUGCAUUCUGGGAGCUGCGGAUCUUGUGGAUGAUGAAGAGUACGAGGAAAUUCCAGGCCCCGUGACUUUCACGCCCAUGUACCCACACUACAGCUUCACAGGCACUCAGUCACCAUUCGACUCUGGUCUAAAGAAACAGUGAUACAUUGUAUGCUACGACCACAAGAUCUUUAGACCGUUUUCUCUAUAUAAAAUAAAGAAAAUCGGUAAUACCGCACGUCACAUCCGGUUCAGUGUAGCAACUUUGCGUAGAAGCUUGCUGUACACUGGAGACCAGCAUUUCAGUUGUGUCCAGAAAAUCUGCAUUCGUAUUGUGAUAUUGAACAGAUAAUUUGAAAUAAUAAUAGUGUUAAUAAAUGGACAGCCAUAAUGUUUAGUCAAAGGCAUUAUUGUGAGGUCAUGUGUGUGAAUAUUUCACAAGUAGUUAAUACAAUAUCUUAAUUAAACCACCGGUAUAUAUAAAUAGAAUUGUACGCCACGAUGCGUUCAAGCGUGCAUACUCUAAAAGGAUUUAUUUCAGAUAUAAAGGAUCUUACAUGAGUGUUCAUGUCAUAUUGAAUUUAUUGUAAGAGUUUAAUAAAUUCAAUGUGAUAUGGACACGAAUGUAAGAUUAUAUUUAUCAUAUAACGGUAAUAGUUUCAAAAAUCCGAUCAUUGUAUUUGUUGUUCCGCGCUGUGCAGAGUAGUUCCAGAUUAAAAACACAAAAGUGAACAAUUUUAAAUACAAUGGAUUUAAAAAUAACAAAAUUUCCUUUCAAAUUGUCUAUAAUAAUCAGGAAAUGUAUCGUUUAUAUAGUGAAUUAAUGUAGUACAUGUAGUGGCGUAGAAAUAUGUUCCCAAAGUUUUGACCAAUCGUAAUACCUUAAGAUUUGAAUCACACGUGUGUAAUACCAUAUUUAUGACAUGGCCGUAUGACAUAAUAAAAUGGGUCAGUUAUAUGAUGAAAUGAUUUUAUGAUCCGAACAAACAAUGCAAUACGCAGUAGUAUACAUCUCUCUAUCAAACAAGGAUUUCAAGGUAAAUCAUUAUUAUUUUUCCAAUUAGCAGUUAUGCAAAACCGACCUUCGUGCACUGUGAUAUUCUAAAAGAAAUCGCCGAAGGGGAUAAGAAAAAAACACCAUUAGUUUGUAUCAUUAUAAGGGAUAUACAUACACUACAUGUAGAAAGAUUAACUAUCAGAUAUUAUAAAAUUCCAUUAAAAAAGAUAAUUAGCAUAUCUAUAGACGUUUUCAUUAUCUGCAAAACAUUGUCAUAUUAUAUGAUCAUAAUCAAAAUUGGCUUUGCCGUGGUAUAUAAUCAUAAUUUACGCCUUUUUCGUAAUCGUGUAUGGUUAUUAUCUACUUAAAUUUUGUCAUCGAUCCAUUUGAUAACGUCUACCUGUCUUGGCUCAACACAAGAUGUUAUCUGAUUAAACAAAAUGGCUGACUGUUUAUAGUUCGUACAUUUUAGGAACGUAUUAAAGUGUAGACAUGUACUCUGCUGUAGAGUGAAACCAUGACACUGCAUGUAUGCUAUUCGGAGAUAUGUUUUGAUAUCAUUUCUAAUGUAUCUGUACAUGCUCGAAAGCAAAGUAUCUCAUAAAGCUGCAUUGUAGGAACUGUAUUUGUUCACAUCUGCAUCAGGAGAUUUGACUGAGGUAGAAGAACAGGAAUCACGAUUGUCUGUAACAGGACUGGCACCGAAAUUGCUCAAGAAUGUAUGUGUAAACAUCUAGCUAUAAAAAGCUUUGUUCUGUUGGAUUCUUCUCAUCGAAUCAUCAAUAACUUGUUUAUAAUUUGAAAUUAAAGUCUACUUGUUAACAACUUUGUGUCUCGACAGUUACUCCCUCACUACAAAACACUGUGACAUUUACUUGUGGUAACAAUCGCUAACGGUUUGCAAAAGAGGCCAUACGAUGUUUAGAUGUUCAUCUGACGUCACAAAUAUCAUUCGUUUAUUUCGUUAAUUAAUAUACCUCACUAAGGUUAAAGCCCGUGGGAAAUGUAUCCAUAUGCACAAUGCACUCGUCGGUCUGAGACGUCAAAUGAGAGAAGCACUUAAGUGUGAGGCUGUUUGUACUGUCAGGGAUCAUUUAUUUACACAUAAAUGUUAUAAAUGUUAUUAAAUCAUUUUAAUCCUAUGCAUUGCACUAAUCAUAAUUAAUAUGCAUAUCUAUUAAGAGAGGAUUAGAAAAUGAUGACAAUCGGCUGAGAGCGUUACUACAUAGACAUUUGUAUUGACGUUAUCACACACCGAUGCAGUGUUUUCACCUCAGAAUAAAAUUUAUAAAUGAUACCCCGCUGUUCUUUAUUAUCAAUUAGAACUCCACGUUCAUCAAGAGAUAUUAUAUGCUCAUUGUUGUUAUCUUGGAUAAAAAUAUUUUGAGGCAAUAAACAAG